GUCGUGAAUGAGAUGGUUUUUGCUUCCUCGGGUGCUUCUUUGCUUUGAAAAUCUUCUUCGUGGUUUCAUGGGGCUGGGCUGUUGCUUGGUUCAAUUGUAAGUGACAAGGCGGGCAUUGAAUAAACUGCAUCUUUUUUAGCAAAUGGAGUGAGAAAAAUUAGCUUUGGUUUGUGUUCUUGGCGUCGAAUGAAUAAGAGAAAUUGAAGGGAGGGCUUUGCUUUUUCUCCCUUUUAUUAGGGAUCUGAAACCAUGGCAGACUUGCUUCACUUCCAAGUCAGUUUUUCGUGAUGUUUGAGGCAGUUUGGGGGUUUUGAUGGAGGGAUGGAUAGUUUUCUGGUGCUGAUCUGUUGAGCGACAUGGUGGUGGGAUUUAGGGAUCAGGAUUUUCAGUUUGGGAAGUUGUAGCAAGCAAUGUGGUGGGGACUUGAUACCCGAGUGGGGGCUGCUACUACAGUUCUUCGAUUGUAAGUAAGUUGUUCACAAUUGGGUCAAUUUUGUUUUUCGAAUCGUUGUUGGUUGGGAUUUGGGUUAUGAUUUCUCAACAGCUCUGCCUGCUCCUUCCUUACUUUCCGCCAUUGAUGAACUCGGAAGGUAUGUGAGUGAUUCGGUGAUCCUUAAAGAACCUGCAAUUAAUGGCUUCCUUCAAUUCGGCUCUUCUGGGAACACUUCCCUUUCUGUUCCUGUUCCUGUUCCUGUCUCUGUGUCUCUCAGUUUCUUCCCAGAAUUGCAAUCCAGACGAUCUUUCAGCACUGAAGGAAUUCGCAUCCCAACUCAUCAAUGGCUCUGUAAAAAUUUCUUGGUCCGGCAAGACGGAAUGUUGCAAAUUGGAAGGCGUAGUGUGCAAGAAUUCGUCGAACUCAGCAGCAUCAAACAGAGUGAUCAUGUUAAGAUUGUCUGGACAAGGCUUGAAGGGCAAAGUUCCAGAAUCUUUGUCGAAAUUGGAGCAGCUUAAACUGCUUGAUCUGUCCCACAAUUCUCUGGAAGGCGAACUGCCCUCCAGCUUGUCUGGUUUGCACCAUCUACAAGUUCUUGAUCUCAGCCACAACUCCCUCAAUGGACCUGUGUUCGAAGCCAUUGCAGGAUUGAAAUCGAUGAAAUCUGUCAACAUCUCCAGCAAUGCCUUCUCUGGGAACCUGACAGACAUAGGGAUGUUUCCUGAUCUCGUCGCCAUGAACAUGAGCAACAAUUUGUUGACAGGCCGAAUCAGCCACAGAAUUUGCAGUUCUGCAAGGUCCCUCCAGAUUCUUGAUCUCUCUGGAAAUCACUUGACAGGUGGGCUUGAAGGAUUGGAAAAUUGCAGCUCAGCCCUCCAGGAACUUCAUCUUGAUUCGAAUUCACUAACCGGAAACCUGCCCGAAUUGUUGUACUCGUUUUAUAAUUUGGUGCAUCUUUCUGUUUCUGCAAAUUCUCUAUCUGGUCAGCUAAGCCUGAGAAUUAGUCGCCUUUCGAGUCUCAAAACCUUAAUCCUCUGCAGGAAUAGGUUUUCGGGUUACUUGCCGAAUGCUUUUAGUAAUUUGACUGAGCUAGAACACCUUGAUGGACAUUCAAAUAUGUUCUCCGGGCCUCUGCCUUCAACCUUGUCGAAAUGUACCAGACUACGAGUCCUCGAUCUUGAGAACAACACUCUAUCAGGGCCUAUUGAUCUUGAUUUCUCUCAAUUCGGAAGCCUCUGCACUGUCAAUCUCGCCAGCAAUUAUUUCACAGGUCCCUUGCCGGAGUCGCUCUCCAGUUGCCGGGAACUGAAAGUUUUGAAUCUUGCCAGGAACGAUCUGUCCGGACGGAUCCCUGAAAGCUACACCAAUCUGUCAUCCCUUACAUUCGUUUCAUUUUCAAACAACAGCCUUGUGAACUUAUCGGGAUCUCUAUUUGUCCUGAAGGAUCUCAGGAACUUGAUGUCGCUUAUACUGUCGAAGAAUUUUCAUGGCGAAGAAAUUCCCGGAAACAUGACGGGGUUCAAGAGCUUGAUGAUCUUUGCUUUAGGAAACUGUGGAUUGAAAGGGCGAAUACCCGACUGGCUAUCUAACUCCCAGAAGCUGCAAGUCCUCGACAUGUCGUGGAAUCAUUUACAGGGUGGCAUUCCGCCAUGGAUUGGUCAGAUGGAGAGCUUGUUCUAUUUGGACUUGUCGAAUAACUCGUUGAGCGGAGGGAUUCCGAAGGGGAUGACAGAGCUUAAGAGCUUAAUUUCUGCAAAAAGCUACCGAUCCUUCCUCUACGCCUUCCCCGAAAUUCCACUUUUCGUGAAGAGAAAUCGAAGUGCUGCCGGUAUGCAGUAUAAACAGGCUUCGAGUUUUCCUCCAUCGAUCUUGUUGAGUAAUAACAGAAUACAUGGCGUGAUUUGGCCGGAGAUUGGACGAUUGAAACAGCUUCAUGUCUUGGAUCUAAGUAGGAAUAACAUAAGCGGAACCAUCCCGAGCUCCAUCUCAAAUAUGGCAAAUUUGGAGACUCUGGAUUUGUCGUACAAUGAUCUUCGCGGAUCGAUCCCUUCAUCGUUCAAUCAGCUCACUUUCCUGUCGAAAUUCAGCGUCGCUCAUAACCAUCUCAACGGAGCUAUCCCGACGGGUGGACAAUUUCUCAGCUUCCCGGGGUCGAGCUACGAGGGCAAUCCGGGACUCUGCGGAAAACUAUAUUCUCCCUGUCCUAUCGGGCUGCAGCAGACGAAUGCACCUCAUGAUUCGAGUGGUAAUAGAUUUAGUCGAAGUGGCAUACUCGAAAUCACGAUCGGGAUCGGGAUUGGAAUCGCUUUGCUUCUGGCUUUUCUUGUGCUGAGGAUAUCGAGAAGAGACAUCGGACAGUCGAUGAACGGCGUUACGGAGGAGGAGAUCAGUAGGACAUCCGAUUCGAUUGCGCCUCCGAAGAUAGUGAUCUUCAAGAAUGCCGAAUGCAAAGACCUCACCAUCUCGGACUUGAUGAAGUCGACGAACAACUUCAGCCAAUCGAACAUUGUGGGCUGCGGCGGAUUCGGCCUCGUCUACCUGGCGAACCUACCAAACGGUGUGAAAGCAGCGAUCAAGAGGCUUUCGGGGGAUUGUGGGCAGAUGGAGCGCGAAUUCCAGGCCGAAGUCGAAGCCCUCUCGCGCGCGCAGCACAAAAACCUCGUUUCGUUACAAGGGUACUGCUGCUACGGGACGGACCGGUUGUUGAUCUACUCGUACAUGGAGAACGGUAGCGUGGACUAUUGGUUGCAUGAGAAGGCGGAUGGGAGUUCGUUUCUUACAUGGGACACGCGGUUAAGAAUAGCUCAAGGGGCAGCGCGGGGGUUGGCCUACUUGCAUAAAGGGCAGAAUAUCGUUCACCGGGACAUUAAGACGAGCAAUAUUUUACUCGAUGAGAAGUUCGAGGCUCACUUGGCUGACUUCGGGCUUUCAAGGUUACUUCGCCCUUAUGACACACAUGUAACGACGGAUUUGGUCGGGACAUUGGGAUAUAUUCCGCCUGAAUACAGCCAAACAUCCACCGCGACUUUUAGGGGCGAUGUGUACAGCUUCGGAGUUGUUCUUCUUGAGCUUCUGACAGGGAGGCGGCCUGUCGAAGUAUGUAAAGGUAAGAACUGCAGAGACCUGGCGGGGUGGGUGUACCAGAAGAAAUCCGAGAAAUGCGAGUGGGAAAUAUUCGAUUUGUCCGUAAGGGAUAAGGAUUGCGAGAAGGAACUGAUGGAAGUGCUCGGCGUCGCGUGUAGGUGUAUAGAACAGGAUCCCCGGAGACGGCCAUCUAUCGAUGAAGUUGUUUCGAGUCUUGAAGGAAUUGUUCAGUUAGGAAAAACUUAAAGAGUUUGGUGUUGUUCAUGUGUUGUAUACUACUGUUUUGCAUCUCGAAUUGUUUGAAGUGAUUGUGUUUUAUGUCUUGGGGAAGACAGAUGUUGUUUCGUUAUA